UUUCCAUUCAAUCACCGCCACUUCGCAGAAUCUUCUCUUCUUCUUCCUCGCCACUCUCUCUCUCUCUCCCCGUCUGUCCGUCUGUUAUCGGCGCGGCGGACUCUGUCAGUUGCAUGAGCCAUUUCCGCACGUCACCCCUCUCUCUCUCUCUGCUCCUCUCUUCAGCUCCCACGCCGGAACCUUUUCGUCAACAAUCCGGAUGGCGACCUCCGACGGCAACGAGAGCUUAGGCGCCGCGGAUUCCGCUUCCAGCCUCAGCGCCGACUCAGAUCCGCCCACCUCCUCCCUCAGGCGACGGCACGCCCCCGCGCCUGCAGCUGCAGCUUCUGUGUCUGCGUUCGAGUCGGAGAAUCUGGUCAAGGAUUUGUGCGAUCGCAGCUGCGAGGCUUCACCGUCACCUAGCUCCGACGACGGCAACGAUCCUCGCAGCCUCGGUGCUGACCAUGGCUCUGUGGAUUCCGCGAAUUCUGUUAGCGAUGGCGGUAGUGUUAAGGAUGAGAAGAUUGGUGUUUCCGGUGAGAAAUCGGGAUUGGAGCAUGCCGUCAAGUUCGCCUACCGUGCAUCGUCUCCAGCUCACCGGAAAGUGAAGGAGAGCCCUCUUAGUUCUAGUAAUAUCUUCAAGCAGAGUCACGCGGGUCUCUUCAACCUCUGUAUAGUUGUUCUUGUUGCUGUAAACAGCAGACUUAUCAUCGAGAAUCUAAUGAAGUAUGGUUGGUUAAUAAAGACUGGUUUUUGGUUCAGUUCGAGAUCAUUAAGAGACUGGCCACUCUUCAUGUGUUGCCUUAGUCUUCCCAUUUUCCCCCUUGCUGCUUUCCUGGUUGAGAAGUUGGUGCAGCGAAAUUGUCUGUCAGAACCAGUUGUUGUUUGUUCUCAUAUAUUCAUCACUUCUGCGUCCAUUCUUUAUCCUGUUUUUGUGAUUCUGAGGUGUGAUUCUGCUGUUCAAUCUGGUGUUGCUCUAAUGCUCUUCGCUUGCAUUGUGUGGCUUAAAUUGGUGUCAUAUGCGCACACGAAUUACGAUAUGAGAUCAGUUGCCAAGUCUCUUGAUAAGGGCGAUGCCAUUGCUGAUCCAAUAAUUGUAGAGCAUCCUUACCGUGUGGACUUCAAGGAUUUGAUAUACUUCAUGGUUGCACCCACCCUAUGUUACCAGCUUUCCUAUCCUCGCACACUAUGUGUACGCAAAGGUUGGGCAGUUCGCCAAGUCAUUAAGUUAAUAUUGUUCACAGGAGUUAUGGGCUUUAUCGUUGAACAAUAUAUCAAUCCAAUCGUGCAAAAUUCUCAACACCCCCUGAAAGGGAAUUUCUUAUAUGCCAUUGAGAGAGUUUUGAAGCUUUCUGUUCCAAAUUUAUACGUUUGGCUCUGCAUGUUCUACUGCUUCUUUCAUCUCUGGUUAAACAUACUGGCAGAGCUUCUCUGUUUUGGUGAUCGUGAAUUCUAUAAAGACUGGUGGAAUGCAAAGACAGUUGAGGAGUAUUGGAGGAUGUGGAACAUGCCUGUUCAUAAGUGGAUGGUGCGGCAUAUCUACUUUCCUUGCUUGAGGAAUGGAAUACCAAGGGGAGUUGCGGUUCUUAUUGCCUUUAUAGUGUCUGCAGUGUUUCAUGAGCUGUGUAUUGCUGUUCCAUGUCACGUGUUCAAGCUAUGGGCAUUUAUAGGAAUUAUGUUUCAGGUUCCCUUGGUUUUGAUCACGACCUACCUACAAAAGAAGUUCCAGAGCUCCAUGGUGGGGAAUAUGAUCUUCUGGUUCAUAUUUUGCAUCUUCGGCCAACCCAUGUGUGUGCUUCUGUACUACCAUGACUUGAUGAAUCGAAAAGGCUCCCGGAUCGACUAAUUAUUACACAUGAUCAGUCAUCUUAAUGUGUUACUAGGCAUUCCACCUCAUCCUCCCUUCCCUUCAUGAGCGAAGCUAACUUUCAUCAGUCAGGGCCACAAGCUUCCAACUAAUUCUUCCCCUUGCCUUGGCUGCAUGUGGAUUUGGUUGUUUGGUGCCUAUGCUGAUGCUGACUGGACUGGGUUGGUCGAGAUAGAGACUGGUUAUGGACCAAUCAAUCUCUGUUGACCUUUCUCGUUUCAUGAGAGGGAUACUGUAUAUAAAUCGAUGGUGGAUUUCGAUAUCUCAUAUGGUCGAGUGGUCCCAUAUUUAGCACGUAAAGAAAAGAUGGAACUUUUGGAUCUGAGGUUUUUUUUCCCUGUAGAAUGUAUUAUGAUGCGGACCAAUCAUAGAACGACCCGUGUUAUCGGUUGUGUGGAUCAGGUUUUUAGAGUAAAGCAAUUUGAGUAGUCUCAACAGUUUUCAAAUU